UUUCCGAGGCUCAAUCGAUAACAUUGCGUGUAAACAAUAAUAGCAGAAUAAUAUUAUCUAUUACGAAAAAAAAAGAUAAUUUUUACGGACUUCGAUGAACGCCGUGAUUGCGCUAUGCCACUUCUGCGAGGCACACGGCCCCUGCGCCAUUUUCUGCACCCAGACGCUGCGGGACACCAAGAUCGAGGACCUGCCGCUCGAGCAGCAGCAGCAGCAGCAAUCGCAGAAGACAUGCUCGGCCUGCAACUAUUCGAUGGGACGUAACAACAGUGGGAUAUACAGCAAAGACACGGAGAGCGGGGCCACGUUUGUGAGCACGCGGGUGGCCGUGCUGACGGAGGUGGCCACCUUGGUGAAGCAGGCGGCGGUGCUGAGCCUCAGCAAUGGCAUAGACUCCAACAAGGAUGGAGAGUUUGUGUUCUUUGGUGACUCGACGCGAGGCCACAUCCUCAGCCACAAGUUCCGUGUGAGCGAUCUGCAGGCGCGGGGCUACUUCCAGCUCUACUCGAUCAUAGUCCUGAUGAAGGACAAGUACUUCCUGCUGAACACGAAGCCGUUUCUGGCCGAGCACCUGAAAAAGAUCUCGUCCGAACUGCAGGCGGGUGCAAACAAAACCAAGGAGGCCGAGGAACGGCGUCAGAGCGAACGGCAGAGGCGUCUUUCCGGAGUACCGUUUCUGAUGCAUUCGUCGCGCUCCCUGCUGGAGCUCACGGGCGAGGAGAACAUAUUUGCCCAGCUGCACUCGCACUUUUCGUGGCUCCUGCUUGCCGGCUCCCGUUUCCUCACCGAGCACGUCACCUUCGGAAAUCUGCCUUGGCUGCCGCAUCAAAGCAGCGGCCGGCCGCCCGCCCAGCGGCUCACCUACAACAGCUCCACCCUGCCCAUGAUACAGAAAUACGAGGAAAGCAUUGACGAUCCCGACCAGGAGGAGUUUUUCUCUCUGCGCCACAUCAAGAAGGUGGUCCGCAAGGAGGAAUUCGCAACAGUUUGCUACUGCGCUCUGACGGGCGUGAAAAUCAUUGUCCGCGGCGCACCCGAGCGCACCUUUCGCUUCAUGGUGUGUUUGAAGAAGCUUCUGCCCGAGCCCAUGCACAAUCUCAUGCGCAUCGAUGCCCAGCACCAGCACUCCAUCAGCUCCGAGUACAAGAUUAUAUCGGUGUCCAAUGACAUUGCCGUGCCCAUAGCCAGCGCCUCCGUGUUUCGCAUUGAUUUUCUGGACAAACAUGUCAACGGACACGAAGUGUCCGUCAAGUGGCCGGGAGAGUUGCCCCGAAAACUGCCAGAUCUCAUGGUAAAGCUGCUGAAGGCGGUGGAGGAGAAGAACUUCACAGAGCUGGUGCUCAACAAACAGACAAAGGUGCUCAUCGAAGAGUGGAAAAACAAAGUCACAUGCCUGAAUCACGCCAAGUCCACCAGUGUGCAGGCCAAACUGAAGAAGGUGUUGGGAGUCCAGCCGCAGGACCAGCCGCUGAUCAACUAUUGGAGCACUCACUUGCACUAGCAGCAGGACUAUUACUUGUACAUAGCUUGAUAUUCGUUUCACUUUUUGGAAUAAAAAUUCUUUAUUGCCGCAACGAGUGCGACGGCUAGUUUCCUCCAAACUGACAAAUCAAUAUCUUAACCAAAAAGUGACGACGGCCGUCGACGGUCCAAGUCCAGGAUGUAAGCUGCUUACUUCUUGUAACCGCAGCUGGAACGACGACCACGAGCACGCUCGAACUUGCGUCCCUUGGAGCGGACAUAGGGCCUCGUGUGCGAGUGGGGCACACCGGGAGCCUUGCCGAAGUGCUUGCAGGCGGUGCGAGCAGUGCGCUUGCCCUGCAGCAGCAAGGUGUUCUUGCCGGUGGGCGACUUCAACGCCAACUGGUCGAAGGUCAGCACCUCGCCGCCAGCCUUCAGGAUGCGCUCCCUAGCCGUCUGGGUAACGUGCAGGGCGCACACGGUCACCUUGGGCACCACCAACAGACGGGCAUCGUCGGUAACUGUGCCCACCACAACGAUAGUGGACUCGGGCUGGUUGGCAGCCUUGAAGAAGCGAGCGACGCGCUGCAGAGAUAGUGGUGGCCUAUUGAUCUUGCUCAUAAACAAACGCUUCAGGAUGAUGCGGUUGAACUUCUUGUUCGUACGACGCUGG